ACAUUUCAGUUGCUUCAAAAUUAUCGCCCCAACCGCCGGCCGCCUCAGCGAAUUGCGAUCGUUUUCGAACCGUUUUCAAAUCGUUUUCGAGUAGAUAUCCGUUUUUUUUUUUUGCGUUUUAAGCCCGUUAUUUUCUGUGCCGCAUUUUCUGAGCUUCGAACAUGUCGUUCCUGGGCAACACAUCCGAUCUGGAGUGCGAAAAGAACGAGUUCCCGAGGCAGCGACCCUCGGGCAUCAUCACCAAGGUGGCCGCCCACAAGCUCUCCGCGGAGCCCAAGUGGACGGACAAGCGGGAGGAUGACUCCGACUCGGAGGUCUCGUCGCCGGAUAACUUUCUGACCAAAGGCGCCUUCCUACUGACCCCAUCCUACGAGUUGUCCAUGGAGCGGGCGGCCCUCAUCUGCGAGAAGAUGGCAUUCAAGGGAUGCUUCAGCUUGACCAAAACCGCUACAGGCAUUCUAUUUAAAUUCUCACACCCAGAUGACUAUCAGGCGGUGUUCAAGAAGGGCUUCCACAAGGUCACCGGGGCGCGAUUCUACCGCAAGGUGAGCCCACCCACCCACACCCACAUCUCCAGUGAUUGGAAGGGCAUUAUGGGGCACAAGAUUGCCAUACCGUGUCGGCCGAGGAAGACCUUCACCCUGUACGUGCUGGAUGUGCCCGAGGAUCUGCCCGUGGAGGACAUCCGGCAUGCCAUGUACAAGUUCGACUCGGUGGUGGAGGUGGUGCGCCUGCACAUCUACUCGAGCCUCGCCAGCAAUGCCGCCAACCCCACCUCCUCCUCCGCCGUCGCCGCCAGCAGCUCCUCCGGCGGCGGCGAUAAGGGCGUCGAAGGUGAGCAGAUCCAGCUGCUGCACACGCCAACCCAGACGCUGCGCCGAGCGGCACUCCGAAGCGUCUCCAAGAGCGUGGGUUCUGUGGUGGGCGAUGCCAUCGAGAAGGCCGAGCGUCCUGAGCGCAGAGAACUGCCUCCAGCCGUCAUCCGGGUCACCCUGGCCUCCAUGGAUGAGUACAACAUCCUGUUGCAGAACGGGCUCAACUUCUACGAUGCCACGUUCUUUCCCACUGAGGCCAACAUCUCGCUGAAGGGCGCCAAGAUCGAUUAUAAGCGCAGAAUGCUCGAUGGCUCGAUUCCCGGACGAGUGAGGGAACUGCUGCCCGUUUUCGAUGCGGCUGGCUUCUGCAAGCUGCCACCGCCCACCAGCAAGCUAAUUAAGCCGCCGAGGUCGUAGAUGCCAUACGAUGCGAUUACGAUUACGAUGACAACGCGUUCCGGCCAAAUACACGGGCCCCCAUGACGACCACACUCCGGAUUCGGUACUACCCAGUUUAUCUUACCCUACUUCGAUGUAUACUACAUACUACAUAAUGCUGUUUUCAACGGAUGCCAACGUUUCCGCUCGAUCCGCCGAUCCGAUCCAAUUCGAUCCAUAAUAAUUCCUCUUUUGGCUACCAUCUAUGUUUUUGUUGCCUUCUCCCAUCUAUCUAUCUAUCUAUCUGUCUCUCUUUCCUGUGAACUUUUCAACCUUCUUCGCUCUGUUUUUUUUUUGCUAGUUUUUAUUAUUAAAGGCCCAUAUAAGGCGUAGCGUCUAAUUCGUUUGAUUGUCUAACAAUGAAAAAAAAUAAGCAAAAACACAGAAAAGAAACAUAAUAAAGAUGAAAUAAGAAAAACACUUUUCAAUGGCAAACGGAAAUGGAAA